AUGGCCCAGUAUUACCCCCAGCAGCAGCCUUACGGCGUACAAUCAUCGGCGCAAAACCUCCAAUUCUACCCUUCAUCCUAUACCUCCGUCUCGGGCCAUACGACCCCGUCACAGGCAUCCUACGGCGGUUUCGGUGGUGCGCCUAACCCAGCAUCUCAGGCAUACCCCGUCGGAGGGGUUGGUGGCGGAUAUGGCGGCUUCGGGUCCCCUUCUGCAGGAGUCAGUGGAAGGAUGGGUGAGCAAGGAGGACUGAGGACCGGAUGGCUCGCUGCAUUUGGCACGGAGGGCUACGAUGGGGAGCCGCCACUUCUAGAAGAGUUGGGAGUCAAUUUCGAGCAUAUCCGCACGAAGACCCUAACUGUGCUCAACCCUUUUGCGCGUAUCGACCAACACCUCAUGGAUGACAGCGACCUCUACGGAGCCCUUCUCUACAUCGUUCUAUAUGGAACAUUCCUGCUCCUCUCCGGCAAGGUCUUCUACGGCUACAUUUACGGCGUCGCAGUCUUCGGGACCGUAGCUUUACAUCUCAUUCUCAGUCUGAUGUCUCCCGCCCUGGAUACGGCCCCCGUCCCCAACGCCGCAGAUCCCGCCAAUUACUCUCCCCAUCACAAACCCACGAUGUCGGACUCCUCCGCUGCCGGCCACUUCUCCGCUACUUUGACCUUCCCUCGAUCCGCUAGCGUGCUGGGAUACUGUUUCCUCCCGCUAGUGCUGACCAGCUUAGUGGGGAUCCUGAUCCCUAUGGACACUCUGUUCGGAUACUUGUUGACUACCGCCGCCGUGGGGUGGUGCACGUACAGCUCCUCGGGAAUGUUCUGUGCUGUGGCGCGCAUGCGUGGAAUGAGGGGCCUAGUCGCGUACCCACUGGCAUUGUUUUAUGUGGUCUUUGGGAUCAUGGGUAUCUUUUCGUCUCGGGGAAGUGGGACUCUGGCUGCUAAGACGGGCGCGGCGUGA